GAAAAUCUAUAUUUUACGUCACUCACACUAUAUAGAUUUUUAGUACUGAAUAAUAUCGGGACGCAGCCAUUUAUGAAUAAAUAAUUUGACAAUCAAUAUUUCAAUCUACAUUGCACUUCAUGUCCUCGAAUAUUUUCCAUAAUUUCUGACCAUGCUCCGUACCACUGCACGCUUAUUUUAUCGCUACGUAUUCAAGCGGAGCUCUACGUUCACACUUGGCGUUGUGAUUAGCGCGAUGUUCUUUGAGAGAGCUUACGAUCAGGCUUGCGAUUAUAUACACGAAACUGUGAACAAAGGGAGGCUUUGGAAGCAUAUAAAGCAUCGAUAUGAAAAUUCAAUUAUGGAAACUCGAUAUACACGCAGAGAUCAAGCAAAACCUUCCAUUAAUAACGAAGAAAAUCAUUAAAGAUAGGGUAAUUUUAUUUUAGCAACAGUAAAUAUGAAAACUCAAAUAAUGUGUGUACAUCGAUGUGUGUCCAUAUUAGGCCAGAGGCAAAAGCACUCAACUAUAAUAUUUUUCUCUCAGUUUUUACAAAUAUGUUUCCUUAGUUACAUACACUUAUCGAUUCUUUAAAUAAUGUUGCAAUAUAUCAGUUAAAAGUAUCUUAAAUAAAGAACA